AUGAAACCCUGGCUCACUCCCCAGAAUCGAAAGGAUAUUGACCGGCGAUUGGGAGUCUUGGCUCAAAAUAUUGGGCAACAUGUGUCUGACUCCUUCGGGACUUUGGAACAGGUGGCCAGCGGCGCUGGAAGACGAUCUUGGCGAGAGGCCUUUGUUAUCCUCUUUGAAAGCAUUCUCCGUGACUCGGAGGACGUCUUUGUCAACCUGCCUUAUGCUGAGAUAAGGCACCAGCUUAGUCGGUUAUCACCAGCACUUGAAGAAAUCACUUCACCACAGUUAGUCGUAAUUGACUUUGGUCACCCUACGCAAGUACUAGUGGAUCCAGAAUCCAAAAAAUUAUCUGGUGUUGUGGACUUGGGCAAAACGCUAUGGGGUGACAUCUACAUGGCUGAAAUGUUUGAAGAGCCAUCGUCUUCUAUGCUGGACGGCUUUGGACAAUCGCGAAUUGUAGGAAGCGAGAUGGAAAGAAUACGACAGCUUUUGUAUGUGCUUCUGUCCUGA